ACAAGGAGUGAAAUGUGGCGUCGAAUAUUACUUCUGUCCAUUGUUAUCUCCACAAUAACAGGGAAAUUUCACCAUUUGGCAUUGAGGGCCGAUUCGAGAAGAAACAUUAUCAUCAGUGAUUUUUCAUAUGGCACCAAUGGCACAUUGAGCAUUGCAAUCAAUAAUUUCACUGUUCCAGAGAAAAUUAAAGAUUCCGUCGACUCAACUGAAAAUGCUGAUAAAUUAGGCGUUAUUGGUUUCUCGUUGUCAUUGGGUUCCAGUAUAACACGAGGUGUUGGAUCAAAUCCACAUGUUUGCCAGUUGCAGCAAACCGACCAAGGAUACGAUGCGAUAUUCUUUUUCGCCGAUCUGCCAAACAAACAGCUCCGAGUGUAUCGCAGUGGUAUUGGGAGAUAUAUUCAAAUCUGCGGAACAGCUCAUGAGUGUCAAAAUACUGACGCAAUCAGAACCCCUAAACCGGAAGAACUACAACCGGAAAGCUCUUCCGGACCCGUCGAGCAGCGUGGGUGGUUCCGCAACUUGUUCGGAAGGUUUCUGAACCCCGGAGCACCACAAAUCGCCUACGACAAUUAUAUACCCUUGCAGGUGCAGAAUGAAAAUCAGUUUUCGACAAACAUGUCGAUUCGAUUUGAUGGGAAAAUAGUUGGACAGUAUGUUUUCAUGUUUCAUAACUGCUACAAUUAUAGAGCACAUGGAUACAGCGACCGAGUGGCAGUGGAUCUGACAGUCGACUUGGUGGAACGAAACAAACAUUCUUAUCUUUCACUUCAAGAAAUCGCCAAGCCAGAAAUCUACCUGUACAUGUCCAUUUUGUAUUUUGGACUUGCUGUUUAUUGGUCACACUUGUUAUGCAGAUCAAACUCCGAAAACAUAUAUCGAGUGCACAAAUUUAUGGCGGUGCUUGUUUUCUUAAAAGCAUUGUCAGUGUUCUUCCAUGGUCUCAAUUAUUAUUUCCUAAGCAAGUAUGGAAUGCAGAAAGAGAUUUGGGCUGUUCUCUAUUAUAUUACGCAUUUGCUCAAAGGAUUGCUUCUUUUCGGAACUCUUAUCCUGAUAGGUACUGGUUACACGUUCAUUAAACAGUUUUUAACUGACCGAGACCGCAAAGUGUUCAUGUUUGUCUUGCCAAUUCAGGUUAUCGACAACAUCAUUCUGAUCAUCCUCAACGAAAGUGAAAUUGGAACACAGAAUCAUGAAACUUGGCUAAAGUUAUUUGUCAUCUUGGAUCUGUUCUGCUGCGCAUUAGUCGCUUUUCCAAUUGUUUGGUCAAUUCAACACUUGGUAGAGGGAGCCACUACAGAUGGAAAAGCCGCAGCCAAUUUGGAAAAACUACGUUUAUUUCGACAAUUUUAUAUUCUCGUUGUCGUCUACAUCUACUGCACGAGGUUUUUUGGCUUCAUAUUACUCCACUUAAUGCCUGUGAACCUCCAAUGGACCAUUGUCGCUGCAGUCGAAAUGGUUACCUUCGCAUUUUUCAUCAUCGUUGGCUACAAAUUCCGGCCUGCCAAUUCACACAAUUAUCUGCUCUUGAACUCGGAUUUUGAUAGCUAUGAUGUGGAGACAUCGCCGAAAGAAGAUAGGAAAGAUAAAGAAAACAAUGAGCAAGAAAUUGAUGAGCAAUUCCUGACAAAAGCCUACUCAGAUGCCAAUGUGUCGAGGAGAUUGGUUUCAGAUGAAUCAUCAAACAACCAAACCGACUAUCCCCAUCAGAAACUUUUGAAGAAACCUUCUCAAACCUACGAACAAUCAUUGCUAGAUUAAUUAUAAUCCGUUACAACAACAACAAAAACAACAACGAGUUCAGUGCAAACGGAGGGAGGCUUAUCAACUCAACCAACCAACUGUUUCGAUUAUAAUACUAUUAUGGACAGGAUGAUCAUCCAGACUUCUAUCGCGUUCUACUCACUAUUUUCAAACAUUUUGCUUUUCAAAUAACAUUUCUACCGGUCCUUUCUAGAUGCAUGAUAAUGUGUAUAUAACUAUUUUAAGAUAAUGAUGAAAAUUGAAACUGAUUUUGAAAUAUGAUAAAAACAAUUUCAAAUUCCAUUGCAAUAUCAAUCAUUCCUUAGAAAAUAUUAUCAUCAUUAUCUAAAAACUUCAAGAUGUAUGAACUAAAUUUUUUCAAACAUAUAGGUGAAAGUACACUGGCCAAAGUGUAUAAAUUCUAGUCUCCGCCUCCUUUUCCCCAUCUCUAAUCUUUUUUAGUUGUAACAUUUAGUCCAAUAAAUUUCCAGUCGUGUGAUGUGAUAACUCGAGACUCCCUGUAAAAAAAUAUUGUUAAUUAUUUUUCAUUCUAUUGUGUACUAUUUUCUGAACCUUCUGUGUCUUUGUGUGCUCUAUGGUCAUCUAGUGAAUUCAAUAUCUUAUAAUUCAUUAAUGAAAAGAAGAUUUUUUUCC